AUGCAACUCCUAACACAUACCGCGCGCACCGCCCUCCGGGGCUGCAACACGAAUCUCGCCAAUGGCGUCCGCAUCCCACCCCUCAAACAAUCCAUCUCUGCCGCCGCUGCCCACUUCUCCACGUCUCGUACUAGGCCGGCCAAAAACCAGAUCUACGCAUCUGUCCGCCGUCCUGAUGACUUCCACACCUAUCAACUCCUCUCCUCCUCCUCUCGCAUACCACUGAUCACACUGUGGACCACGUCUUGGUGCGGGACAUGUCGAGUCGUCGCUCCUCUUAUUCGAUCCAUUGUAGAGUCUGGUGUCGGUGAAGCUGAAGGCGGCGUCGGCUACUGCACCGUCGAAUUCGACUCUCCCGACGUCAUGAGCGGAGGGCUGGGCAUGACCUACAUGAUCACUUCCAUCCCGACGCUGCUGAGCUUUGAUAACCAAGAGGCCCAGAUACAGACCAAGGUUCACGACGCCAAGAAGUUGACAGACGGCGCUUUCCUCGAAGAGUGGAUCAGGUCGGAGGCUCGGCGGCACGGCCAGCGUGGAGGGGGCGGGGGAUCCGGCGGCGUCUUCGGCGGAUUGUUUGGUGGUUUCAAAUGA